AAACAAGACUGGGUGGACAAAAUCACAGAAGAUGAUCCGCACUACUGGGAGACAGAGACGGCGGGCAGUAUUAUUCAUGAGCAGGUCUUCAAAGCCAGCAUUGAAAACCUUAAUAAGCGCUUAAACCAAACUGGAGGUGUUCACAUGCUUCAGGAGAUGGUAGGCUGUGAAUGGAAUGAUGAGACUGGGGAGGUUGAUGGUUGGGUGCACUUCAGUUACGAUGGAGAAGACUUCAUAUCAUUUGAGCUGAAGACGAUGAGCUGGAUCGCAGCACAUCCGCAAGCUUUCAUCACCAAACUCAAGUGGGACCAAUUGAAUGAGAGUAAUCAAUACUUGGAGAAUGUCUUCACUGAGGUCUGUCCUUUACGGUUGAAGAAACACGUGAGCAACGGGAGGGAGUUCCUGACCAGAACCGAGCUUCCCACGGUGUCUCUCCUGCAGAAGACGCCUUCCUCUCCGGUCACCUGCCACGCCACGGGUUUCUACCCCAGGACGUCGAACCUCUUUUGGAGGAAGGACGGCGAGCGGAUCCACGAGGAUGUGGAGAUGGGGGAAACCCUCCCCAACCACGACGGAACCUUCCAGACCACGGCCCACCUGAAAGUGGAGCUGACGCCCGCCGCGGAGGGCCGCUACGAAUGCGUGUUCAAACUGGAUGGGGUCCGGGAGGAGAUGGUCACCAAGCUGUACGCCAGAAGCAUCCUGAGCAACGUGCGCAUCCAGGAAGAGGAAGACAGGAAGAAGGCGGUGUCCAUCACUGUCCCGCUGGUGGUCCUGGCUCUGGUGGCGGUGGCGGUGGGGGUGUUCCUGGCCAAGUGUCCCAAAUGCCAACAAGGUGAACGACGACACAAAUGUUUUCUCCGUUUGUGGCGAUUCCUAAUCUCCUCUCGCUUCUCUUCCAUUUCAGCCAAUUACGCUCCAGCUUGUAACGCCUCAUCUUCUGAGCCGGACUGAAUGAACCCCACUAAGGUUGAAGGGAUGUCUUGUUUUUUUGGGUGCCAUGCUGGAUUGAAUCAUCGCAUUCCAACUGUAUGAAAUAUUUACAUUAUAUAUAUUUUAUUUUAUCCUAUUUAUAUUCGCUGGUGGGAGCGCAGCCGGACCCCCUGCAGUUUGCUUACCGCCCUGGUGUUGGGGUGGACGAUGUAGUGAUUUAUUUACUGCACAGAACACUGCUUCACCUGGGAGGAUCAUGUUCUUCGAUUUCUCCAGCGCUUUUAACACCUUCCAGCCGUCACUGCUCAGGGUGAAGAUGGGUGUAGACCAGCGCCUGCCUGGCUGCAUGGACAACAGACUUCCUCACCGACAGGCCGCAGUAUGUGAGGUUACAUCGCUGUGAGUCUGACGUGGUGCGCUGCAGCACAGGUAUCCCCCAGGGUACGGUGCUCUCUCCUUUCGUUUUCGCCCUGUACACUUUUGACUUUACCCACGACACCGCACACUGCCACAUCCAGACGUUCUCCGACGACACGGCCAUUGUUGGAUAUGUUUCGGAGGGGAACGAUCUGGAAUACAGGACGGUCAUCAAGGACUUUUGUCAGCUGGUGUGAGCUCAACCAGCUUCAGCUGAACACCAGCAAGACAAAGGAGAUGAUUGUGAGCUUCAGGAGGACAGCACCCCACUUCACUCCGGUGAACAUCCAGGGAUCGGACAUUGAGGUAGUGGAGAACUACAAA